AUGUCCGAGGAGGAUGUGCUACUUACAGUAUCCCAGAAGAAAUCGUUAGCUGAUUUUUAUGUUCAUCGCGAACUCGGAAGUGGAUCGUAUUCCAACGUGUACUAUGCGACGGCCAAGUCAGAUGGCAAGAAAUACGCACUGAAAGUUUGUGAUAAACACAGGAUUCUCAGAGAGAAGAAGGUACCUUAAUAUCCAGAAAACCGUUAGAUCCGUUUUUAGACUAAGGCAGUUUUCCGAGAGAAAGAUGCUUUGAUGCAACUGUCGACGGCGGAGAAACGACGGCCAUUUAUUGUCAUGUUAUACUGCACCUUCCAAGACGAAUCGUCUCUUUAUUUUGUUCUCAGUUAUGCUGAACAUAGAGAUCUUGCCGAGAAAAUGCUCAAACAGAAAACCUUGGAUCUGGAGACAACCAAGUUCAUUAUUUCUGAAUUGGUGACGGCGAUUGGUAGGAGGACGAAUAAGUAUAAGUACGAAUAAAUUUUCAGCUUAUUGUCAUUCUAAUGGAAUUCUUCAUCGAGAUAUAAAGCCUGGUAAUAUGCUGAUUAAAGAGGAUUUCCAUAUGAUGUUGGGCGAUUUCGGAGAGUGUAUUACAAUCGCUGAGAACGAAAAAGUGAUUUCAUCAGACGCCAAAAGGAAAUGCUCAUUUGUGGGAUCUCAUCUUUAUGUCUCGCCCGAAGUAAGUUAUUGCUGAUUUAUUAAUUAACCGGAAUUUAAUAAAUCCAUGUAUGUUUCUUAUAGGUACUAAGAGGACAAGGUGUGGAUGAAACUUGUGAUUAUUUUGCAGUUGGAUCUAUUCUGUUUGAAUUCGUCACGGGAAAGGCCCCCUACCAUGAUCUCUCCGAACAUCUAGUCUUCCAACGGAUCAUCAAGAAUUUAUUUUCUUUUCCUGACGACUUUCCAUGCCCUAAAGCCAAGUCUGCCGUUCUCGAAUUUCUGGAACCAAAGAAGGAGAAUCGAUUGGGAUCAAAAGCUAAAAACGGAUUCGAUGGCAUCAAAAAUCAUUGUUUCUUUGAAGGUGUGGAUUGGGAAAAUUUGUUUAAUUUAAAGUCACCCUUGGCCAAAUAUUACUCUAAAACCGAAGCGACGAGAGAGGAAGUUGAAUGUGAUGACCUUCUGAAAAAUUUUUAA